UCAUGUGACAUUUUCUGAACACGUGACAUGAACAUAUCUGGAGGAGCUCCAGGGGAAAGAAUGUACUCCUCAUCUUUCAUACACUGGUAGCUGAACUGUGUGAUCUUCAUCAUGACGACCGGGAGCUCUUGGGAUGAAAGAAUUUCUGCUUUUUUAUUGAGCCCCUCACAGUUUUUGUCCCGCACCACCCCCGAAACCUUUCUAUCAGAGCUUCUGGAUGAACUGAGGGAUGACAAGGCCAAUGACUACAAGAAGGUACUCCUAUUAUCUGCUUUACUGGAGCAUCCUACAGUCCUCUGCCCUACGGCCUCAGCGGGAGAGGGGACAGCGCAGGAGCUCAUAUCAAUCCUCGCCUUAACUCCACAGAAAUCCAUCAGUCUGAAAUGUCACAUUUUGCUGGCUGUUACCAACGUCUUAAUAUCUACAUCUUGUUUGGCCAGUCGAAAGAAGGUAGCAGAGGAAUACCUGGACCUGCUGUUUAAAACGAUUCAGGACACAAAUGAUAACGCAGGUGGGCUGGCUCUUCAUCCCAUCAGAUCCACGGCCUGUGAGUGUCUGAGAGAGAUGGAGUCCUGCAACCCUGGCCUCCUGUCCCAGAAGUUGGAAGCCUUGUACUACCUAAAGCAACAGGAAAACACUGUUCUCCAUCAGUCGUACUCUAUGCUGUAUACGCAGAGUCUCAAGAAUGCCAUUCGUCUCCUGACUCAAGAAAAAGAUGUGGAUAACGCAAAGCUUAAGAGCACCUUAACUGGAAACGAAGGCUUUUUGUGGAAGACGAUAGAAUCCUCGAUGUAUACGCUGCCAUUCAGCACAAUGACGCAGGUUUCACAGCUUCCAUCUGUACUGGAUUGCAAAGAGCUGAAGUCUAUCUUGUCUUUGCUCUUGGAGGAAUCUUACCUGAUGACUCCCGUCUCCCAGGCCAGUUUGCUUCGAGGAUUGGUAGAGAUCGUGGCCAUGGUUCCAGCCAUCUCCCCGGCCAUUUUCAAAUCGCAACUCUUGCGCCUCUUUGGGACAGCCGAGGUUGAGUUGAUGCAUGCUACACUGUUGAUGAAAGGCACAUUUACAGAUAGCCUCUUCACAGCCGAGGACGAGCACUUCUUACUCAAGCGCCUUGUUGGCAUGGCACAACAUCCACUUCUAAGAACUCCUGAGAAACUGUUCUACAUGAACUGCAUUCUACAUUUCCCUGAGAACAGACCCAUCUCCUGCCCUGGAGAAGAAUGCUUACCUGUGCUGGUCACGCCUCAGCUUACAUUGUCUCUCCUACCUACCGUGUUUAAUGACAGUGCCACCAUGCUUUGCAGACUAAACCUACUAUGCCUGGUCCACCUAGAGGCGGACGAAGAAGAGGAGGGGAAAGGCCUGGCCUACUUGUUUGACCAUCUGGUGGCUAUGCUCAAAAUCGUAGACAAUCAGGGGAGCAGAGAGAUGGUAGUGACCUCUUUUAAGGCAAUCUUUAUUUUUCUCAGGCACUUUAAUCACAUGGAGAAGCUGUCUGAGAAGAUGGUCAACAGCUUAUGCGACUUGUAUUCCAGGCACUGUCGCCUUGCUCCUAACCUGAUCAAUCUUGCUGACCGAAUCCAGGAAAGCUUAGAAGAGUCCCUCUGGUCAGUGCAGUUGUUAGAAGCACUUCAAAAGUGUGUGGUGGCGAUGCCUCCAUUACAGCUGACCUUACAGAAUCUGAGUUGGCACCUUAAAAUCUUGGCACGAGUAGCGCAAGAGAGCCAGAUCGUCCAGAGGGACACAAUCUGCCUCCUUCUCAAUGUCCUCAUCAAUUCAAAUCUCUGUGAAAGGGGCAACUGGAAGGUCGGCAAUGCAAUUCUUGCGGUUUGCCGCCAAUUGCUUCAGCAUCCCACCUUGAAUGAGAUGUUUAUUGAACUGGCAGACCUUCUGCAGUACGUGACCAAACAUUACGAGGACACAGACAUUCAAGACCAUGCACGGUUCUACUACACCCUGCUUACCAACCUGUCUUGGGAAAAACUAGGGGGUGUCCUCGCCAUAGGUCCAGAAGGAGGGCAGGCUAAGAUUCGGUCGUUGUCAGCCAUUGUGGCUGAAAGCGAUGGGCUCACAAGCUGCUUGACUGUUCAUCAGACUGAGGGAUGCGUCGUGCAGCUGACCAAAAUCCAUGAGCACGACUUUCAGAGUGCAAACACCAGUACAAACACUUUAGAGACUCUGGAAAACCUGGAGACUGUGGGUGGGCAGAUUAAUUUGUCUACCAAGGUCUACCAAGAGCAGUUCAAAACCCCAGGCUUUGCAUCCGAGAUCACCUUACGGUAUAACCUGACUCAUGCUAAUGUGAAAGAUCCAAGGUUUGACAGGAUGUUCACAAUUUGCCUGCACUUUGACUUGAACGAUUCUCACUACGCAGACGUCAAUGAUAUCUAUGUCCCUUGCCUCUUCAGAGACAGGAAACCUCCACAAGUUAGCCUGAAGUUAAAGCCGUAUCAGCCAUACCCAACAAGUCUACAGUUGAGGGCCAUAUUCACCACAGAAGAUGGCCUGUCUUGGCACACUCGACUACCUGACGUACAAGUAUCAUUUCCUGAAAUAUUCCUCCCCAUACCUGUGCCACCGAGCACGUCACAUGAGUUCAAGGAGGACGUGUUUGACCAUAUUUGGAAUGCUACAUCCUCCGGUGAUCCUAGCACUUCAGCGACUAGCCUGUUUUGUUUUAAGACCGGCAGCGACACAUUAGCAGAUUUGAUAGAGACUCACUUUAAAGGUUACCUGAUAACAAGGUCACAAGAUCUCUCCAGUGUAUGGAAAGUCUUAUUUUUCCUUCCACCCCAGUUUCAUAUUCUGUUAAUGAUCAGACAGGCUGAGGAUGCUGUUCAGGUCAGCAUUGCGACGGACAACUGGGAGCUGUUACCACAUGUCAACUCUUACCUACAAAACAUAACUGUCAACUGCAACAAGACAAUGACCGGAUUAACGUUAAAUCCUCAAAAUGAAUUGUAGCGUAGUGUCCACCAAAUGAGGUCCUUGUGUAACCUGGCAGCACAGACCACCAUGCCCAUUUUAAACUCUUAAGAGCCGGUUUACCAGAGGGGGAUUAAGACUACAGAGUAUUUUGAAUGGAGAUUUUCCAAUAAAAAAAGAAGAUAUAGUCAAAAACUAGGCUUAAUCCCUGUCUUGGCAACUAAUCCUAGAGGGAGUCCUGCAGUUAUUCUUUUCUUUUUUUAUUGGAGAAUCUCCAUUCUGAAUGCUGUGUAGUCUAGGACUCUAGUCAAGGCUCUAACCUCUAGAAAGACUUGUUCAUUCACUCAGUUCAAGUUCAGUACAGUAAAAAAAAAAAUAAAGAGACAAAACUAUUAAAAAAUAUUGUAACAUUAUAGCCAUGUGUUUGAUUUUAAUAAAUUAUCAGUUUUAUCAUGUUUCA